CAUCGCCCUGCUAUUCUUCUCCACACAGUGGCAGGAAGUUGUCCAGAUAUCCGCAGGGCCUCUGAGAAAAAAAAGAGGAAGAAAGAGAAAUGUGAGUGAGCAAAGUGGGCAGGGGAGGCGUUAGUGAUGGCGGUGAUGGAAUUGGGCGACUCCGCUCAGAGUUGACGUCUGGUUUUUGAGGUGAAGCUUCACCGCAGGGCCCCAGGUUUACAGCAGUGUGAGACGCUUUGAGACACAGCUGAGCCUCGGCACAUCAGAGGCCAGUUUCACCGCAGAACAGCUGGACGGUCCUGCUGCUGAUCCGUGGGAGCUGAAGAGCCUGAAGAGCCUGAAGAGCCUGAAGAUGUUUGUUCUGAGGAUGUUUCUGCUGCUGGGACUGAGCUGGACAUGUCGAGCUGUGUCAGGUGACCCGUGGGGUCAGUGUCCGGUCAACAGAAAGUGUAAGGACAAGUUCGGAGACGGGUCAUGUGACAGAGACUGUAUGGAGCCCGAGUGUCUCAGAGACGGCUUCGACUGUGAGAAGGACAGAGGCCACUGCAAUCCAGACCACAUCAAGUACUGCCGCGAUCACUACGCCGACUCCCACUGUGGCCAGGGAUGUAACAGCGCCCCCUGUGGGUGGGACGGCAGCGACUGCUUCACACAGCAGAGCCCUCGGUGGGCCAAAGGAACCCUGGUGCUUCACACCAACAUCCCGCUAGACCGUGGCACCUUCUCCAACAACUCGCUGCUGUGGGCGCUCAGCGUCCUGCUCCAGUCACCGCUCAAGCUCCGAGGGUUCACGCAGCUCGCCGCCAACAGAAACUUGUUUGACUUUGACCCUCAGCAGCUCAUCGACCUGCUGUCUCAGGCAAAGCCUGCUGACUCCAACGGCUCCCUCCUUUUCCUCCAAGUGGACAACAGGCCGUGCUCCCGUUUGCCCUCUACCUGUUUCCCCUACGCCACAGAGGUGGCCAGUUUCCUACGUGCUGUGAUGAUCCUGAAGCCCACCUCGUUCCCCGCCCUCCCGGAGCUGAAGGCCGUCAUCAGCAUCAGAGGCGUCCGAGAGGAAAUAGGGAGCAGAAAGGAGGAAACGGUGAAAGUGCCAGUUGAAGACCCAAAACCUGUGUGGCUGUGGGCGGUAGUCGCCAUAGCAAUCGGCCUGCUACUGUUGCUGCCCCUAGUGGUGUUCCUGGUGGUGAGGAGGGUGAAGCAGCAGCGGGCGGAGAGGGAGGUCAACAACAGGGUGAGACACCGGUCCACAGUCACCGAAAACGGCAACGGCAACGACAAAAAAGCCAAGUCCUGGCCGCCGCACGCCGCUCACCAGGAACACCUAGUCCGUUCCAGCAGAGAGAAGGACAAGAUCAGCCUGAGGAAAAAGAAGAAAGCCAAGGAAGCGGAGAAAAAGAGGAGGAGGGAACCACUGGGCGAGGACGCCAUUCGAAUGCGGCCUCUCAAAAGGGACCAGGAUAUAGGAAGUGACACAGACUUUACCCAGAGUUCCAUGGAAGACAUCAACGCGAGAUGUUCCCGAAGACAAGAGGACACCACCAUCUGUGACCACAGGACGCAGGAGCAAAAACACUACAGAGCCGGGCCCUCGCAGUCCCACAGAGCCAUACAGUCUCCACCUAGAGGAUGGGAGAGAGGGGCCAUGCCUCCUCCACUGCUCAGCCCUCCUCAACAGUCGGCAGAGUGGUGUGGCCCUGAUGGGUCUGUGGUUCUGAUCCGAGCCGUGCGUAGUGGACUGGACAGAGUGGUUUUGGAGCUGCUGCGAGCGGGGGUACCAGUCAAUAACACUGAUCAUACUGGGAGAUCAGCCCUGCACUGGGCUUGUUCAGUAAACCACCUCUCCCUCACAAGGACCCUCGUACGCUAUGGGGCCGCUGUGGACCUGCAAGAUAACAAGGGCGAGACACCGCUCUUCCUCUCUGCCCUCCACGGUUGCUACGACACUGCCAGGCUCCUCCUCCUUCACGGCGCCAACCUUGAGCUGCAUGAUCGAAGGGGGCGGCGGCCCAUCGACGUGGCCAGAGAGGGGAUGCGUCACCAGAUCCUGGAGCUCCUUCUGGCUCACCAAAUCCAGAGAGGGCCCGUUACCGUCGACUCGGCCAAUGACAUGAUGUGGGAGGAGCGUGCACUUAUCUACUCGCCGUGGGUCGGGUCACCUGGUCCGGGCCUGCCUGGUAGAAGUGCCUCCUUCUCUGGGAGUGUAGGGCAUCGGGAUAUGACGCCGCCACCACAAAAUGACUGGUCGAUGAACAGAGUGCAGUAUCCCUCCCCUCAGAACUGGCGACCACAGCUCAACCAAUCAGCGACGGCGCUGGUCCCUCCGAGGGUCAUGGGCCGCUCCCCUCGUCCAAUCAGCACCUUACAGGAGGUGACCUCCGAAGACGAGGACCGCGACAGGCACCACGACGUCCCCCGAGCGGCCACGCCUCACUUCCUGUCCCCGCAACCGGCGCCGCGUCAGCGCUCCUUCUCCUGCACCCAGCAUGCACUGCAGCGUCGCUCCAGUGCGUACCAGCCGGACCCCACGUACAUCAUCGUGACGGACAGAACGGCCAACGAGAGCGCGGAAAGGGUCGCCGCGCCGCCUCCCACAAAUGCUGGCGUCCAAUCGGAGCAACCGCCACUCGUCAACGGGGACAAUCCCAGUCGAGCAGAGCAGGCAGCGGUGAGUUCAACGCAUACAGAGCAGAAAUCCAGAGGUGAGAGGUCAAACAACACCGCCAACUCCACACAAACAGCCCUGUAGAGAUGCAAACAUUCACAGAUGUGGUGCAGAGACUGAUCCCAUUUCUCAAGCCAACCCAACCAAACCUAGACCAGGACGAGGUGACAGCGGCUACAACCUCAAACAGGAGUGAAACAUUAUUUCACCGGA